GAUAUUUAGAUUCUGCAAAUCAAAAUGCCACAGAAACUUUAAAAAGAAGCGAAAUCCCAGAAAGAUGAGAUGGACCAAAGCAUUCCGGAAAGCAGCUGGCAAAGAAUUGACAGUGGAUAAUUCAUUUGAGUUUGAAAAACGUAGAAAUGAACCAGUGAAAUACCAGAGAGAGUUAUGGAACAAGACUGUUGAUGCAAUGAAGAGAGUGGAGGAAAUAAAGCAAAAACGCCAAGCUAGAUUUAUUAUGAACAGAUUAAAGAAGAGCAAAGAGUUGCAGAAGGCAGAAGACAUCAAAGAAGUCAAACAGAAUAUCCACCUUCUUCGUGCUCCACAUGCAGGCACACCAAAACAGCUGGAGGACAAAAUGGUGCAGAAGCUACAAGAGGAUGUGGCUAUGGAAGAAGACUCUUAAAAUACUUUUAUUUUCUAUUUAUAUCUCUACAGCAGUUAACAGUUCCUUAUUGCCUCUCCUGAUAUCAUUCAGAACUGUCCUUCUAGUUGAAGAAAAAUACAUUUUAAUGAAGAGUGGUCAUUUACACUUUGGUUUUUGGUUUUAUAAAAAAAUACACGGGUGCUGUUUUGGGCAGUGCUUAUAAUACUGUAAUUUGAAAACACCUUGUCAGCAGGAUGGAGAAUAAGGCAUAUUGUUUGAGAUACUAUGUGCUCCUUGGAAAGUUACCCUUUCUGGGUAACUUUUCC